AUGAAGUUCUGCUACUAUUCGAAGAACCAAGUCCGAAGAGCUCUGUCCUCGAGCACGUCCGCUCCCGAUACGCGAUUGGAGGAGUUCAAGCGAAAGUUUAGACGAAGCGGUUCACUUGGAAUUCCGUUCGUUCCAGAGGAUGAUAUAAAAGAGCUGUUGAGCUCGAAGGGAGAGGUUGUCAUUGUCGAAGAUGAAGAAGGUCUACCAAUGCUUACUGUCAUCAUCAAGUGUCAACGUGGGGCUGACAGUGUGUCUCAAAUGAUCGCCAAGCUUCCGGCAAACACACGUAUCAAACAUAUGGAAACUCGGGAAGCUCAAAAUGGUUCUUCUGGUUGGAUGGACGUGCUAGUUGAACUUGAAUUGGAACUUGAAAGAACGGCUGCUGAGGCAUUGAAGGCAAUGAAGGACAAAGGGCUACAGUUCUAUGAAGUAUCACAAACUAUAAAACCACCUGUAGCCGAGAAGUACAUGGAACCAGGAUCGAAUGAUGCCAUUACUGGGAGUCAGUGGUUCCCGAAAACUAUCUACGAUCUGGAUAUCUGCGGCAAGAGAGUGAUCAUGUAUGGAGCUGGAUUGGAUGCCGAUCAUCCGGGAUUCAAGGACGCCGAAUAUCGUAAACGUCGCAUGAUGUUCGCUGAUAUCGCUUUCAACUACAAACAUGGAGAACCGAUACCACGUAUUGAAUAUACGGAAAGCGAAAAGAAGACAUGGGGAAUCAUCUAUCGUAAGCUCCGCGAAUUGCAUAAGAAGCACGCAUGCCGUGAAUUCCUCGAAAAUUUCGACCUUCUCGAAAGACACUGCGGCUAUUCAGAGCACAACAUCCCUCAACUCGAGGACAUUUCUCGCUUCCUUAAAGCGAAAACCGGCUUUCGUAUUCGUCCAGUGGCCGGUUACCUUUCGGCACGCGACUUUCUGGCUGGUCUUGCCUAUCGUGUAUUCUUCUGUACCCAGUACCUACGACAUCAUGCUGAUCCACUCUAUACACCUGAACCAGAUACUGUACACGAACUAAUGGGCCAUAUGGCCCUGUUCGCAGAUCCUGAUUUCGCCCAGUUCUCGCAGGAAAUCGGACUUGCCUCUUUGGGAGCCAGUGAUGAUGAUUUAAAGAAACUUGCAACGGUGGGUACUGGUAACUUGUUAUGA